UUCCCUGAGCGGCUGAGAGCGCGCUCACGAUAGCAGCAGAUUGCAGUGUUCCAUUUCGUUUAGUCGGACGUUCGGUUGCGUUGUUGGUGUAUCGCAUGCUCUUCUGCAGGACCGGUCACGUUGCCGGCGUAAUGAAAUAAUUGUCUAGGCCGUGUUGUUUUUCUUGAAUGAGUUUAUUGUAUGACGAUGGACUUCCAGAGUGCUAUGGAGACUUUUGCUGAAGCUUGGGUCGCCGCCAAUACCAAAGGAGCUCCACUCACCGAUGUUUCCACACAGAGUCAAGCAUUGGCCUUGACAAGAAACUGCAAAACUCCCACCCCCACCUCCAACACAACAGUAACGGAACGGUCUAGCCGAGAAUCUGCCGAAAGAAUAAUCACACCACCCCCAGCAAGGUCAUCUACACCUCUAGAAAAUACGGUAUCCCCUCAGUCAAUUAAAGAAGAAUUCGAUCCUACUAGAACUUCAUUAUCUGCCAAAUCCCUCCAAGUCCACUGCAUAGUUGAAGCGAUCUGUUCCUUAGAAGAAAACCGAUCCCAUGGAGUAUGGAGACGUCGGCCUCUUAUAGAAAUCGACAAAUAUGUGAUAAUUCCAGUAGCAACUCCUUUCCACAACUUGGUGCAGGCAGCUCUGUUCAGGUUAGGCUAUUCUACGGAAAGUGCUGCGGCUGCGAAAGGUUCAGUGCUGAUCAAAAACUGGAAGGCGCUUACCUUCGAUCAAAUAUCAGAUGACCCACUCAUAACAGUGGGGGAUAUAUUGGGAGAUCUUUCGACUGUGGCGACUCUGCGGAUACAAGUCUUCAGGGGAAGACCAGGAGUUCUCAAUGAGAUCAAAGACAAGUUGCUGAGAUUCUUGUUGCUGCAAUCACAUGGGCUGCUAUUAUCAUCUGGAUGUCCCUUAGAUGAGAUACUACUGUCGCAGAUCUGCAGAAACAGCAUUCCUUCUUCAGGUCCCAUGCCGGAGAUAUCAGAAGAAAGUCGUAGGAAGUUCGAUCAGUGGUGGGCAAGUCAGUGCAGUCCUCAGUCACCAGCUGGUAGAUCACAGUUCGUUCCAUCUUACCCCACCCACUACCCCGUGUCUUCUCAAGCUCCAACUCCGCUGGAGCGUUCCAUAACAGAUUCGCACCCUGCCAUGCAAACAGUUCACAGUCAAUUUCCGACGCAAAAGACCAGGAUGAGAACAAGCUUCGAUCCUGAACUGGAACUGCCCAAACUCCAGCGGUGGUUCACCGAAAACCAGCAUCCUAGUCGGCAGCAAAUACAGCAAUACGUCAAAGAACUGAACAAUCUUGAAUCGAGGAGAGGCCGGAAGCCGCUAGACAUCAAUAACGUUGUAUAUUGGUUCAAAAAUGCGAGAGCAGCUCAAAAAAGAGCCGAGAUAAGAAACGUGACCACACCGAACUUACAGUGCCAUAUGGCGGUGAACGGUUAUAAUCACAGCCCACCAAAUGGAGGCGGUUUUCUAUUGGCGGAAAACUAUCUGAAUUCUGAUCGACUGAACGAUCACAGACUGAAAAAUAGCUUAUCGAGGCGUGGGUUGCAUAAUUCCCAUACUUCCGAUGAGUUUUCGAACGCAGGGUCUGAUAUGGAUGACGAAGAUAUAAACGAAGGACAACCGCCUAGCCCUACUGGACCAUUAUCUUUGACGACCAGGAAAGAUUCAAGAGACGGGAGCCCUAGGUCUUCCACACCUCCACCUCCACCGGAUAUCCAAGUCGACAAUAGCAGGGAAGCAACCAAAGAUGAGCCCAAUGAUUUCAACUCCAGAGACCAAAUAAACAACAAUAAAAUACCACUAUCGGACAUGGAAGAAGACGACGUGGAAGCAGACAACGACAACAAGAGUAAUUUUGACGGCAGCGGAAUAACAUCGCCGGUGAAUCGAUCGCUUGUUCAACGUUUUUGUAACUCGCCGGAUGUGGAUAAUCAGCUUAUUCACCGUGCCCCAGACGGGUUGGACAGAUUAGCGGCGGGAUUUCCAGUCAUUCCUAGUUCCAUGUUUAGCCAUAGUAUUAUGUAUAUGAGUCAUUAUAUGCCGGGGUUGUCCCAUUCGGCGACUUCUCCUCCUGGUUCAAGUGCGCUAGCUCUCUCGAGUCUCACGGCGGACGAACGCAGAAAGAGAAAUCGCACUUUCAUAGAUCCCGUUACCGAAGUACCGCGAUUGGAACAGUGGUUCUCGCUCAACACGCAUCCUUCACAUAAUUUGAUACUGAAAUAUACUGAGGAAUUAAACUGCAUGGCAUAUCGGCAGAAAUUUCCGAGACUGGAGCCCAAGAACGUCCAGUUUUGGUUCAAAAACAGAAGAGCAAAAUGCAAACGACUCAAAAUGUCGUUAUUUGACAGCCAGACUGGUCAGUAUCACCACAGUGAACGAGAUUAGGUCGAUUAACUCUACAAUACAUCCUUGCGAUCUAAUCGAAGAGUUAAGGAGUUAAGGAGCGGUAUUAUAUUACUAGGAAAAUAGAAAAAAAAUAACCAUGAAAUAUCGUAACUUAUUUGGAACGCAAACCGAUAUGAACUGGAUUCUUAAACCGCUCUUACCUAAAUUGGGUCUAAAAACCAUGCAUAUUGAUUUAUUUGAGUGAUCACGCUGAUUCAACAGAAAUCUGUAACUUGAUAAAAUUCAGUUCUAGCAUCUAGAAUGCGUGUCAAAUACACAACUUCUCUUUUACUGUUGAGUUUUCGAAACCUAAUUUCAGAUGUCUGGAACAAUGGUAAUAUUUUAUCAUAAUAUUGUGUUACGAAUUUGAAACACAUUUUUGAAGAGGUGAAAAUGGAAUUUAGUUAGUAGUGUUGACAAUAAUUGACAAUUAUUAUUAUUUUUGUAUGUGCCAAUACCUUAUAUUUCCAUCGAGUAAUAAUUUUAAACCCUUUAGAAUCACGUCAAUUCUUAUUAUCAAUUCUGAAAUGAUAUAAUUUCAGAAUUAUUUACAUAAAUAUAUACUCUUGAUGAACACAACCGACAUCAAAAUUUUGGUUCAAUUCAAUCAUUCCUAAUUUAAUCUACUAGACAUUCACUUCACAUAAUCCAGUCGGUGAUAUGAAUCGGAGUCCACAGUUAAAUUAUUGUUUUGUUUUUGGUGAAGAAAUGAAAUUCCUAAUGAUUAAUCACAUUCUGAACUAUAAAGUGAGAGUUUAGACAACCCUCAGUUCACGAUAGGUAAAUGGAAGUUGUAUAUAUUCCUCAUUAGAGUAUUAGUAGGUCCCUUUCAAAAAUUGAAUGUGUUGAACAUUUUUUUUACUCUACCAAAGAUUGUUGAAUUUGAAGUAUCUGUAAAAUCAUUUAGUUAUAAUUAUAAAUUCAGUAUAUUCUAUACACUGAAAUUGUAUUAUUCUGCAUACCUAAUGAUUGUUGUGUGUCGUAGCUUGUUACAAAAAUAUAUUUGUGAAGCAAAAAUGUACACUUUGAAAGAUUUUGUUAUUUCUUAUGUUACAAAUUUUUAAAUUCUGAAUGUACAUAAAUUAAUAAAAAUUAUUGUGUAA